UUGGAUAUCUGUACUUUACUUUACUAUUUAUAUUUCUGUUGACUUUCACUUUUACUUCACUACAUUUUGCAAAGAAAACUGAUACUUUGACUCCGAUACAUUUCCCCUGAAACCUUCGUUACUCGUUACAAAAUCAAAUCUAUCUUUAGAAAAAAAAUGAAGACCAACGUCGGGACUGUGGUGGAACACAGACUGCAAGCAAGCAGGUUAGUGAAUCAGUGGUCCUAGCUAGCAAGUUAAAUCACUGGUUAAUCACGUUAAUGCGAAAUCGCAAACACGUGCUCUCAAAGCCGGUUUUUUUAUGCCCAGGAUGCCAGCUAGCGAGCGACCACACUGCGAUGACUGAUUUCAUGAUGGAAGCACCUGCUACUCCCGCAACAAACCACGGUGGAGACGAAGACCAACACCUGUGGCCAUAUUUGCGAGAAAUGUUUUCUUAUGUUGGAGUGAAAGACUCUUCGUACCGGAUGAAGAGCCUCUUAUACCCAAAGCUACUGAAAUAUUGGCAUUCAAAAACUCCCCAUCCAACCUCAGGAAACACAUUGAGAGAAAGCAUGUACACCACCUUAAAAAAGGAUGAUGCCACAAUCAGAAUGGGAAUGGACUACAUCAAGCAGCACAUGGAAGAACCCUCCCUGCAGCUAGGUGAUGCCACCAGGUCCAGUUCAUCUGAUGAAGAUGACUUCUUCUCUGCCCUGCAGUCGUCCCAAGCACGAGACAGCACCAAACAACUGGAUGGAUACUUGGCCUGUUCAGCAGAUCACAUGACCUUGCUGAAAUCCUUCCCAGCUGUGUGCAAGCUGUCUGUGAAGCUGAACACACCUCUACCUGCCUCAGCGGCCUGUGAAAGGCUAUUUAGCAUCGCAGGACUAGUCUUCAGCCCAAGAAGAGCAAGACUGAAUUCUCGCAAUUUUGAAAACCAACUUCUUUUGAAGAUGAACAGGACAUUUUUCAGUUUCAAGUAAUGACUGGGUUGUUACUUUCGGUGCUGCUUUAGUAUUGAUCAUGUUUUGUUCGAGUUAUGAUGGUAGCAGUCGCCCAAUUGCAGAUUCAGCUUGAGCAAAACCUUUGCCCAUUGUGUUCAACAUUGUUGCUCCUGGAUGGAUCACAGCCAACCCAAUUAUUUUCAACACAACUCCUUGUCCUUGGUCAUGGUGGCCACAACACUUAAAAGAAU